AUGUACCACCUCAAGGAGUUACCCAGAGACACCACAGACGGGAAACAAGCAGCGGUGGACAAUGGGACAGGCUGUGGUAAGAGGUUUUCAUACAGCGGCUUCUCUUCAGAACAGACAGCAGAUGAUGGAACAGACUGUGGUAAGAGGUUUUCGUACAGCGGCUUCUCUUCAGAACAGACAGCAGAGGAUGGGACAGACAAUGGUAGGGAAUCUACUCACAGCGGCUUCUCUCCAGAACAGACAGCGGCAGACAAUGGAACAGACUGUGGUAAGAGGUUUUCAUACAGCGGCUUCUCUUCAGAACAGACAGCAGAUGAUGGAACAGACUGUGGUAAGAGGUUUUCAUACAGCGGCUUCUCUUCAGAACAGACAGCAGAGGAUGGAACAGACAAUGGUAAGGAAUCUACUCACAGCGGCUUCUCUCCAGAACAGACAGCGGCAGACAAUGGAACAGACUGUGGCAAGAGAUUUUCACAUAGCGGCUUCUCUUCAGAACAGACAGCAGGUGAUGGAGCAGACUGUGGUAAGAGAUUUUCAUACAGCGGCUUCUCUUCAGAACAGACAGCAGCAGACAAUGGUAGGGAAUCUACUCACAGCGGCUUCUCUCCAGAACAGACAGCGGCAGACAAUGGAACAGACUGUGGUAAGAGGUUUUCAUACAGCGGCUUCUCUUCAGAACAGACAGCAGAUGAUGGAACAGACUGUGGUAAGAGGUUUUCAUACAGCGGCUUCUCUUCAGAACAGACAGCAGAGGAUGGAACAGACAAUGGUAAGGAAUCUACUCACAGCGGCUUCUCUCCAGAACAGACAGCGGCAGACAAUGGAACAGACUGUGGCAAGAGAUUUUCACAUAGCGGCUUCUCUUCAGAACAGACAGCAGGUGAUGGAGCAGACUGUGGUAAGAGAUUUUCAUACAGCGGCUUCUCUUCAGAACAGACAGCAGCAGACAAUGGUAGGGGAUCUACUCACAGCGGCUUCUCUCCAGAACAGACAGCGGCAGUCAAUGGAACAGACUGUGGUGAGAGGUUUUCAUACAGCGGCUUCUCUUCAGAACAGACAGCAGAUGAUGGAACAGACUGUGGUAAGAGGUUUUCAUACAGCGGCUUCUCUUCAGAACAGACAGCAGAGGAUGGAACAGACAAUGGUAGGGAAUCUACUCACAGCGGCUUCUCUCCAGAACAGACAGCGGCAGACAAUGGGACAGGCUGUGAUAAGAGAUCUUCAUACAGCGGCUUCUCUUCAGAACAGACAGCAGGUGGUGGAGCAGACUGUGGUAAGAGAUUUUCAUACAGCGGCUUCUCUUCAGAACAGACAGCAACAGACAAUGGUAGGGGAUCUACUCACAGCGGCUUCUCUCCAGAACAGACAGCGGCAGUCAAUGGAACAGACUGUGGUGAGAGGUUUUCAUACAGCGGCUUCUCUUCAGAACAGACAGCAGAUGAUGGAACAGACUGUGGUAAGAGGUUUUCAUACAGCGGCUUCUCUUCAGAACAGACAGCAGGUGAUGGAGCAGAAGCAGCUUCUCUCCAGAACAGACAGCGGCAGACAAUGGAACAGACGGUGGUAAGAGGUUUUCAUACAGCGGCUUCUCUUCGGAACAGACAGCAGAUGAUGGAACAGAAGCAGCUUCUCUCCAGAACAGACAGCGGCAGACAAUGGAACAGACUGUGA